CACCGAGGACGCUUCUUUCGGAUACUGGGAGAAAUAAGGAAAGCUACUGGAUAAUAGUACUUGUAGAACCAACGACAAGCACUACAGGGAUCUUGGACUUCAUUGGAUUUAAAUCGGAUUUUAUGUGCAAUAUGACAUUUGAAGAGCUAAGUGGGGAUCAUUCUGCAGAAAGGAUGGAUGCAGUGGCAAAAGCAUUGGAAGAGGUUCUUAGCUCUGCAUUACCGCAGGGGUGUAUCACUGUUGGAGUUUACGAAGCGGCUAAGUCACUGAAUGUGGAUCCGGAUAAUGUGGUAUUAUGCCUUCUGGCCACAGACGAGGAGGAUGUCAAGGACGUCGCUCUUCAGAUCCAUUUUACCCUGAUCCAGGCGUUCUGCUGUGAGAAUGAUAUCAACAUCCUCCGAGUGAACAACAUGAGGCGUCUUGCGGAGAUCCUUGGAGGGGUAAAACCGGGUGGAGAGCCAAUGGACCUACACUGCGUCUUAGUCACGAACCCACAGUCAUCCACAUGGAAGGACCCAGCUUUGAGCAAAGUGAAUGGAUUCUGUAGAGACAGCCGCUGCUUGGACCAGUGGGUGCCAGUCAUUAACCUUCCAGAACGAUGAAAAGGGUGCAGCAAGGAUUUCUCCACUUUUUACCUUGAAGGACAUUGCACUGGAUUUGUAUGAUACUUGUGAACACCUGCAGGGGAUAAAAAUCCCAAAUGCUGAUGGGGGAAAAAACCUCAAAACAAAUGAAAGAACAUUUUAAAAUAUCCAGCUGUCUCAAUGGGCAAUGGGGUGAGUCGUCAACCAAACAGAAGGAGCUACAUUCUUGGCCAAACUCAGCAGGUUGUGGUGAUUCAGCAGUUUGGACCAGAGGAUGAAAAUGAGUUCAGGCUUUUUGAAGAGAGACACUGCACAGGCAGCUUAUCAUGUGAUGGGAUACUGGCUCAUAUUGAGCUUAAGCUGGGCUUAGACACAAGCUCAGACUGGCCUCAGGAGUGCACAGUCACAAGGAGUGGGCCUCAGGGCUGAUUGAAGAAGAGCCCGCAGAAGCACAAUGUGGAUAUUCUGGAGUUUUUUUUUUCCACAGCCAUUAUUGUCUUCUCUUCACAUUGUUGAUGUUUUAUUGAAAUUAUUUAAAAGGGAAAGGCUAGAAAGCCAAAGAGUAAUAAAAACAACACUUUUGGUAUCAACAGAGGUGUG